AUGAAUUUGAUCUUUCGGAUGGGUUUGGUGCUGUAUUAUUUUUGUAUUUACUGAGAAUGAAAUCUUUUACUAAUGGUUCUGGAAAUGUUCGAAAAUGGAAAAACCUAAAUCUUUCUUCCUGA